AUGUCCUGGAGUCAGCUGAUAGGCCUACGUCUUCAAGAAAGGGAUGCCAGAGAAUCAGCGCUGGAUGGUGUAGUAGCCGAUUUUCAACAGCUGUCGCGCUAUGCUGCCAGUCUCAGAGCCAAAGCUUCAAGGAGUGGCACAAGCGGGAUCGCCGUGGCCGCUGCCCCUACCCCGCCGCCAGUAUCUCAGCCGCCCAUCACCAGCGCUCUCAAAUCCCCUUUCGCAGCAGAAGCUGCUCGCGGCUCCGCCGAAGAGCUCUCGCAGCAGUUGCAACAAGCGCGCACAGAGCUAACAGAGAUGUACAAGACGCAAUCCGCCAACGCUCAGCGCCUCUUGACCCUCACAGAUCUUCUGAGCAGCAAGGAAGCCUCUUACGGCGAGUCCACAUUGGCGGUGGAGCAGCUCAACAGGGAGUUGGAUCGAUCGCGUCGAAGCGAAAAAGAUCUUCAAGAUGCCAUGGUGGAAAAGAGCAAAUUGGUAGAAAUGCUUCAAGACGAGUUGACGGGAUUGACGUUGGAAUUGAACCAGAUCGAGAUUAGAAACGAGGAUCUGAAGAGGGACAAUGCGAACUUGUUGCAGAGGUGGUUGGAUAGGAUGAACGACGAGGUGGAUAGGAUGAACACGAGCACGGAACGGGAACUCAGCAGUGCCAGCAAAGAUGAGGUGCUGGAUGCACAGACCGGCGAUGCUCUCAAAGACGCUCUCCGCGACUCAGCCUGA